AUGUCUUCUAAUAUAAUUGCCUUAUUUAUUGCAGAGUUUGAUGUUAGAUCGGGGUAUAAACUAGUACACCAAGAAGCGAAGAUUGCUGGGUUUGAUUUUGAUGGGUUGGAGUAUAAGGUUUUGCCUUCUGGGAUACAAGAGUUUGGCACCAGCACGGUUUUGUUCAGCCAUUGGUUUCAAGGGAAGGUGUACUAUGGAUUGAGCAAGUACUACCAGUAUAUAAUUGGCGACGAUAGUCGUGAUCGAAAUAAUGUCAAGAUGUUUGCGAUGGGAGUUUUGUGUGAACCAAAGCCUAGUGUUUGGAAACCCAACGAGUUUAUCGACAAUGGGUGGGAGUAUGCGGAUGCAAUACACCAGAAACUUGUUUCGUUUGUGCACCUGGGAGAGUAUGUUGGACUAAAGGGUAUUCCCAAAGUUGUGCCUAAUGUGGACAACCACUUGCUUACGAACUUGCCGGAAAUGUUUCGAUCUUUGGGCCCGUUAGUGUUUGUGUUGUAUAAACAAAGUUUGUUGAGGAAGAGGAUCUUGAUAUUUAACCAGCACCACAAAUCGUACGACGACCAGGAUAUUUUGCCGAGUGGUGUUGACAAUUUGUAUAACAUUUCGUCGUUUUGUUACUUGAUAUCGUUGUUAUCGGUUGUGCCGCAGGAGAUUGAUUUUGUCGAGACACCAACGUACUCGCAGCCGGUGUACCAGAUUGGGUUGACUGAUAUGGGCGGGGAGUUGCUAAAGUGUCGAGGUUAUAUUGGCAGUACCAACGACGAUAUUCUUAAAGAUAAUGCGGUGUAUGAUAUCGGGGUUAUAAUUGAUGAACACGCCAAAGUAUUUGAUUAUGCGCAGCAACCACUCCGUGCUACAAAUAAGGAUUACCAGAAGUUUGGGUUGAUAUACCUGGAGUUGCCAAGAACUAGAGAUGGGUUUACAAACAGCAGUGGUAUUUCUGCAGACGAUUUGUCGUCUAUAAGAAGUGACGUGUCAAAAGAUUUUAGUGGGAGUGUGGUGGGAGACACGCCUUCAUGGUGGAAGACCGAUGCUACGGAGCCGGUUUCGUGGACGGAGUCUAUUUGGUCGGCGUUUUCGUGGUUUGCCACUGCUGGUCAGUAUGGGGAUGUGCCGCCACCACCGCGUGUCCCGGAUAAGGUGGAUUUGGUGGAUUUGGUUAAUAUUGUUGGAUAUUUCCAUAAAUUGACAAAGAAAUGGUUCUACAUGAUCAAUGAGGCGGUGUUGGAAGUGUGGGACGAUCAGGCGAGUACUGACGACCAGCCGUUGACUAGACGUAUUUGUUUAGAGUUGACGUACCAGGACGUUGUUGAGAUGGAGCUUGAUCCGUACUCGAACGCGGAUUUAGAGUUUCUCAAACAGUUUGUGUUGUUGUACUGGGAAGUUGUAGAUAGUGUGGAAAUAGGUAUGGGAUUAAAUAGUAUAUGUUGUUAA